AUGCUUCGACUUGCGAAGCCGAACGUAGCAGCGCAGACCCGCUUCGAGCCGCUUGCUGCGCGUCGUCCAGGGCUGCUGCUGUUCUACCAUACGCGGUGCCACACUACUGAUGCGUCCAAAGAUGCCACACUCAUUCAUAUCCCCAAGGCAAACGUAUACCGCUUUGGCGACGGAAACCAUGCGCCGCCCGCGCUCCGGGACCUCGAGUGGACCGUGAAGCCUGGCGAAAACUGGGCUGUCAUUGGCUCCGGGACGGGACACAAGACGACGGUCUUCGAGACGCUUACGGGCCACCACCGUAUCACUCCGUACCCUCCGGGCGGGCCCUUACCCUUCCUCACGAAGAAGGGAAUAGAUCCCUUGACGAGCGUCACGCUCGUCUCAUUCGCGAACCGCGCCCGUGCGCACGGAGGCGGGUUCUACGAUUACACAGCUCGCUACGGCGCUGUCCGCGAUGAGGACCGCAUAACCCUGCGCCAGAGCAUGUUCCCAGAGACGAUCCCACGGGAGAAAUUUGAGUUUGAAGACGACGAUGCGGUCGAGCCGCCGCCUCCCAUAUCCCCUGAGAAGCUUGCCUUCUUCGGGCGCCUCGUCGACGCUCUAGGGCUGCAAGAGCUGCUUGACCUACCGCGUGUCGCGCUCAGUAAUGGGCAGACCCGCCGCGCGCGUAUCAUCAGCGCUUUGCUGAAGCAGCCCGAACUUCUUUUGCUUGACGAGCCGCUCACCGGCCUCGACGUGCAGAGCCGACCCCGCCUACUUCACACCCUGAAGGAGUUGCACGAAAACCGCUCGCCGUACAUCCUCCUCGGCCUGCGGACACACGACGAGAUCCCGGAGUGGAUCACACACCUCGCGCUUGUGCGCGGAGACCGCGUCAUCGUCGGCGAUAAAGCCCACGUCCUCGCGGACGAGGCCGCCCACCAGGCGCGCACCGCUGAGGAAGCGAAAACCCAGCUGGCCCCCGCCGGCGACAUCCUCGUCGACAUGCGCGGCGUCGGCGUAAAGUACGGGAACAGAGUCGUCCUCGACAACCUCGACUGGCAGAUCCGCCAGGGCGAGCGCUGGCACCUCCAAGGCAGCAACGGCUCCGGGAAGACGACGCUCAUGUCCCUCCUCACCGGCGACCACCCGCAGUCCUACACGCAGAAGCACCUGCACCUCUUCUCCAAGCCGCGCUCCCGCACGCCCACGCCCCAGCUGCACUCGCUCAUCGGCGUCCUCUCACCUGAGCUGUUCGACGCCUUCCCGCGGCGGCCGGGUGUGACGGCCUGGGAGGCUGUCGGCACGGGUUUCGACGGCGGCUUCGUGCCCGGGGGCGAGCAGGGCGUCGGUAAGGGUAUCAUGGCGCCGCCCGAUAUCCCCUGGCGCCUCUCGCGGAUGGAAGAGGUUUUCGCGGCUCUCGGCCCUGAUGCGUGGGUGGGGAACGCGGUUGGGGAGGCGACAGAGGCGUUCAAGCAGCGUCCCUUCGCGGACCUGACCAUCGGCGAGCAGCGCAUGGCGCUCCUGAUGCGUGCGCUGGUUGGCAAAGCACCUCUGGUAUUGCUCGACGAAGUGUGGAGUGGAAUGGAUCAGGGCAUGAUUCGUGCGGCGCGCAAGUACCUUCGAGGAGACGCAAUCAGCCCCGAGCAGGCGGCGGUUGUCAUCACCCAUUGGGAAGAGGAGGUGCCCUGGAAGAAGGAAGAGGGACUGAAGACCUUCCGACUCAACCCCAGAAAGUGGUAA